GCCGAGCGGAGCCUAGCCGACCUGAGCUGAGCUGAGCUAAGCUCUGGCCGGAGCCAGACCGUCCGCCUGACCAAAGCGGAGCUGCUGACGGCGUGCUGCGGACCUCUGCUUCUAAGUGAUACCUUCCUCCGAAGCCAGUGUGUGGAGCCUGCCCCACACCCGCCACCUGCCAAAACCACGGCCUUUACCUGUGUCUUCCGGUGUUUCCCCUGCGACCCUUCCUGCGGGAGCACCUCCUGGGCCACCCCUGAGUUUGCACAGCAUUCAGCAGCGGCUCCAAUGGUGAAGAUGACGAGGUCCAAGACUUUUCAGGCAUACCUGCCUUCCUGCCACCGGACCUACAGCUGCAUCCAUUGCAGGGCCCACCUGGCCAACCACGAUGAACUCAUUUCUAAGUCGUUCCAAGGAAGUCAAGGACGAGCUUACCUCUUUAAUUCAGUAGUGAAUGUGGGCUGUGGACCUGCAGAGGAGCGAGUGCUGCUAACAGGGCUGCACGCCGUUGCAGACAUCUACUGUGAAAACUGCAAAACCACUCUGGGCUGGAAAUAUGAACACGCCUUUGAGAGCAGCCAGAAGUAUAAAGAAGGCAAAUACAUCAUUGAACUUGCACACAUGAUCAAGGACAAUGGCUGGGAUUGAACGGAGGGAGUGCCCCCCACCCAGUGUCUGAAUGAAUGCCAUCCAACUGAACAUUAUAUCCAAGAGGGGAGAGAGUGACUGAACGCUUGGUUCCAUCCCUUUAGAGGCUUUGGCAUCAGGAGCAUCCUCCCACCCUAUCUCCAUCUUUAUUGGUGACUGGCCUCUAAAUUGCUGUCUCUCUGUCUCUUUGCUUUGUAUCUGUUUGUGAGUUGACCCUGGCUUCUCUCUCUGUUCUAGUGUUGGCUAAAAACAACAGAUGCACCGAGAGCUUGGCAGCAUUCUACUUUAAGGAGAGUCCCAGGGACCCCCCUCCUUCCCCCCGGGUGGGCGGCCUUAGCUGUUCUGUGUCAGGAUAGCAGUUGUGUGGGGGCACGAGAAGGGAAGGGAGCCCCGAGUGUCCUGGGGCAGGGGCGGGCACGGGAGGGUGGAGGUAGGAACUGCUGCUCCUUAAAAAUUCUGGGAACCUAGGAACCUUGAAACUAUCAACUUGUCCAAAAGGACAAAAAGAAGAUUUUAAAAAAAAUACCUCAUGACUGAAUUAUCUUUGAAACUUCUGUUCCUGACACCCAACAACAACGUGCCAGUUUAGGCUGAGAGGUGGGCACGACUGCUGACAUUCAUGCAGUGGUAGGGGCAAGGGUCUGAUGGCGUGGGCUGGUUUGGGGGCCCCCUGGCUUAGCAACAGUCAGUGACUCUGGUGAGCCUGUGAUUUGUUCCCUAUCUGGAUCCACCUCUGCCCACUCCCACUCCACGUUCUCACUUGUGAUCCCCCAAUCACAAGUAUUCAGGACCUAGUAUUCCCCCGGCGAGUUAAGGAGGCCAAUGACUUUGACCUGCAACCUAGUAAGUCCUGUAUUUUCAGGGGACAGCAAAUUAGGAGCCAAGACAGCUCCAGUAUCAGGCAAGGAAACCAUAGGAAAGCCAGCAGAGUUAAAAGAACCCUAUCUGCCUGACCCAUGACC